AAACACAUGUAUGACACUGUAAAGACCAAAAUCAUGGAGGGCCUUCAGGAACAGAUCCCCGACUUAUUGGACUGUGCCAUGACCUACACUUUGUUUGAGUGGGUCAAGGAGAAUUAUGAUGACCUUGUUGCUGAGCAGCCAGAAACACAACCAAUCAAUCAGGUCAGUGAAAACAAGAUUUCUGUUGUGGAGGUGGCCAAGAAGAAAGAAAAAAAAGAACAGUUGACCAAGAAUCAGAAACGUAAAAUGUUUGACCGACUGGACGCCUCUGGAGAGAGGCCACGGGGGUGGGACUGGGUGGACGUUAUACGCCAUUUGUCUCAAACCGGGUCACAAAGCAACUAGUGGGGUUAAUGGGGGGAUGUGAAACACAGAAAUUCUACAGUCAUUAGUUAUUGAGGCUGGGAAGACAGAAAUCAGGCGCAUAGCUAUUGAUGUUUCUGAUAAAAUUUGAAAUAUGAAUGAAAAUGAGACUUCUUACAAAUAAACUACAGCUUAUUAUAAUACAUUACAAUGGACAUGUUUUUCUAACUGUUUCAUUUAAUACUCGAAUCUCUUUUGAUAAAGAGUAUUUUUCCUUAAGUACUGUAACUAAAAAAAUUUAAUUUGAAUGGGUUAAGCAGUGCAUUUUCCUGUAGCCUAUUAUAAUUAUGUAAAUAUUGUAAAUGUAAUAUACGAAUGUAUGAAUAAAUAUUUAUUUUGAACCAUACCUAUUUGUGAAACACUGAUGCUGCCAAGUGGCAGCUCAUGGAUAAGGUUAAUGUUUUUAGAUAUAGUUCAAACUCCAACAUCAAGGUCAAGAGUUAAAAAAUGUUGAUACCCA